CAAAAAACACACUUAACGUUUAGCCCACAACUCAGACCUCAGAACCAAUUUAGCUAUGGCGAAAGUAUUCCUCAUUGGGACCACCGGCCAUAUUGGCGGUGCGAUUUUGCAGGCCAUCACCACGCGCCGCCCGGAUAUUGAGAUUACCACGCUGGUGCGCAAUGAAGAAAAGGGCCGCCGGCUGAAAGAGCGCUUUCCAUCUGUCGAUCCGUUGAUAGGCGACUUGGAGAGUACGGAUGUCAUUGAAUUCGCAUCCAGGGACGCCAACAUAGUGAUAAACACGGCGCCGGACGUAGGCCAUGAAGGCACCAUAGCCGCCAUCAAGCGCGGCCUCUCCUCGCUGCCCAGAAAAGGCUGGUACAUGCACACGUCGGGGGCCGGGCUGAUCUGGAGCGCGCCGGACGGCACCUACUCGGACAAGAUCUGGGACGACGUAGCCGACAUCGAGCAGCUCACCAGCAUGCCGGACAGCGCGAUCCACCGCUCGAUCGACCGGGCGGUCUUCGCGAGCGCGCCGCACAUGAACGUCGCCAUUGUGUCGCCGACGUUCGUCUACGGCCUCAGCCCCGCCGCGCACUACCCGACGCCCAUCACGGUGCCGGAACUCGUCACGACGGCCAAGGCCGUCUCGGCCGGCUAUACCAUCGGCGUGGGCGGGAACAAGCAGUCGUUUGUGCACGUCGACGACCUUGCAAACAUCUACUACGCGCUGCUCGAGGACGCGCUCAAGGGCGCCGACUCGGAUCCCGCGCUUUGGGGCCCGCAGGCUUACUACUUUGGUGCCGGCAAUGAGGAGCUCACGUUCAGGGAGUACAUGCAGGCCGUCAUGCCCAUUCUCAAGGCCAAGGGCGUCAUUGCGUCCGACGAGAUCAAGGUCAUUGAUUCGAAGAAGGCGGCCGAGGCCGUCUCGGCCAUGUCGGGCGACGAAACGUCGGCCUGGACUGCGUCUAUCGCCGACAUGUUUGGCGUGAAUAUGCGGUGCCGAGCGGCUCGGGCGCGGAAGCUGCUGGGCUGGGUGCCCACGGGGCCGAGGGUGAAGGAGACGCUGCCGGAGGUGCUGAGCGAGUUCCUGAAGAAAGAAGGGAGGCGCUGAGGCUGUCGAGGUUGUUUUUGUUUUUCCUAGCGGUGUAAUCUGCAAC